AUGUACAUGUUCAUAACGCUAAAUUUUUUUUUUUUGCUUCAGAAUAACAAUAAUAAUAAUUAUCACAUAAAAAAAGGUUUAGUGUAUAGAAAUCAGAAAUCCUAUGCAAUACAAAAUAAACAAUUCAAUGUAAAAAUAUUGAGGAACGUUAAUGGGAAACCCUUAGUAUUAUCUCCCAUUACAAAUCAUCAUCAUAAUGGAAAUAUAAUAAAAAGAUUCACUCAUCAACUUCCUCCUCCUCCAAAAAAGGUUACAAAAGGACCAGUCACGUGGACGACUGUUAUGUGGACUCUUGUAAUAGGAGGAUGUUUUACUGCAUUUGUAAUGUAUCUUAGAGACAAAAGAAAAUCACUUAAAGAAAUAAACAAAGUUAAAAGUAUAGGUAAAGCAUUAAUAGGAGGAGAUUUCGAACUUGUAAAUCAAGAUAAUGUACCUGUUUCGAAUAAGGAUUUUUUCGGUCAGUGGCUUUUGAUAUAUUUUGGAUUUACACACUGUCCCGACAUUUGUCCUGAUGAAAUUGAAAAAAUGGUCGAAAUUGUCGAUACGAUAAACAAAGAAGAACCUGAAAAAGUCUUAAAACCUGUAUUUAUAACAGUUGAUCCUGAAAGAGACACGCCUUCAGUUGUUGGAAAAUAUUUAAAAGAAUUUUCUGAUAAAAUAAUCGGUUUGACGGGUACAGUCGAACAGAUAAAACAAGCAUGUAAAGCUUAUAGAGUAUAUUUUAGCGCAGGACCCAAAGAUGAAGAUAAUGAUUACAUAGUUGAUCACACUAUUAUUAUUUAUUUUGUCGGACCCAAUGGAGAAUUUAUUGAUUACUACACACAAACGAAAAGUGUUAAAGAUAUCGUUGAUGAAAUUAAACUUUAUUUUGCUAAGCAUGAAUCAUAUUCUGCAAGAGGAAUCGUGAAAAAAUUAAGAACUGCUUUCAUUAAUUAA